ACAUCAAUCUGAUCAUCUAUUCAUUUAGGCAGAUCUGCUCCUCCUACCACACAGUGAUUCACCUUCAGUGAAGCUCCUCCUAGAGCAGUUCACCAAUAAAUGCUGGGAUGUUCCCAUCAGUCUACAAGUGAAGAAGACAGAGCUGAACAUUGAGUGAUCCAGAGUCCUGCAGAAUGGAACAUGAAGAUACUGAAGAACAAAGAGACUUGAUGGAGAAUGAGGAGAGUCAAGAACCGAGUGAAGCGGAGGGAAAAAAUCAUGUCAAAACAGGAAAUAAAUCUUUGAGGCGCUCACAGACUGAAAGAAUUUUUUUACUGAAAAGAGAAUCCAACAAAUCUUUUACCUGCUCUCAGUGUGGGAAGAUUUUCUCACACAAACAAAGUCUUGAACUUCACAUGAGAGUUCAUAAUGGAGAGAAACCUUUCACAUGUGAUCAGUGUGGGAAGAGUUUCACACACAAAGAAGGCCUUAAGUAUCACAUGAAAAUCCACACUGGAGAGAAGCCGUACACAUGUGAUCAAUGUGGGAAGAGUUUCACCCAUGCAAACACUCUUAAAUUACAUCAGCGUUCUCAUUCUAGAGAACGCCAUUUAAGACCAUUUAACUGUGAUCAGUGCAGUAAAACAUUUCUUUGGGCAAACUCCUUGAAGAGCCACCUGAAAUUCCAUACAAAUGGGAAGCCUCACAUGUGUUCUUUGUGUGGAAAAAGUUUUAGUGAGCUUAAAGAAUUAAAAAAACACCAGAAAAGACACAGCGGUGUGAAGAAUCAUGUGUGCUUUGAUUGUGGGAAGACCUUUUUUAGAGAUGCUGACCUGAAACGGCACCAGAUAAUUCACACUGGAGAAAAACCUUACAAGUGUUCACACUGUGACAAGAGAUUCAGUCUGUCAGGAAAUCUGAAAACACACGAGAAGAUCCACACUGAAGAGAAGCCGCACACAUGUGAUCAAUGUGGGAAGAGUUUCAGACGAAAGGAACACCUAAAGGGGCACAUGAGGAUCCACACUGAAGAGAAGCCGUACACAUGUGAUCACUGUGGGAAGAGUUUCAGAAGAAAAGAUUACUUUACGGAACACAUGAGAAUCCACACUGGAGAGAAGCCGUACACAUGUGAUCAGUGUGGGAAGAGUUUCGCAAUAAAAGGAGCCCUGAAGUAUCACUUGAAAAUCCACAUUGGAGAAAAACCACACAAAUGUGAUCAGUGUGGGAAGAGUUUUACAAUAAAAGGACAACUUAAGUAUCACUUGAAAAUCCACACUGGAGAGAAUCUGCACACAUGUGAUCAGUGUGGGAAGAGUUUUACAAUAAAAGCAAGACUUAAGGAUCACAUGAAAAUUCACACUGGAGAGAAUCUGCACACUUGUGAUCAGUGUGGGAAGAGUUUCAUACUAAAAGAAACACUUAAGAAACACAUGAAAAUCCAUACUGGUGAGAAGCCGCACACAUGUGAUCAGUGUGGAAAAAGUUUUAAAGAAAAAGGAACCCUUAAAGAUCACAUGAGGAUCCACACUGGAGAAAAGCUAUACACAUGUGAUCAGUGUGGGAAGAGUUUCAAACACAAAGGAGGCCUUAAGUAUCACAUGAAAAUCCACACUGGAGAGAAGCCGUACACAUGCGAUCAGUGUGGGAAGAGUUUCACACAAGCAAUCACUCUUAAAUCACAUCUGCGUUCUCAUUCUGGAGAAAAACCAUAUUACUGUGAUCAGUGUGGUAAAAACUUUUUUGGGGCAGACUCCCUGAAGAAGCACCUGAAAGUUCAUACAAAAGAGAAGCCUCACAUGUGUUCUUUGUGUGGAAAGAGUUUUAGUCGGAUGAGUGAAUUAAAUUCACACCAGAAAAUACACAGUGGUGUCAAGAAUUAUAUGUGCUUUGAUUGUGGGAAGACCUUUAUUACAGAUGGAGAACUGAAACUGCACCAGAGGACUCACACUGGAGAAAAACCUUACAAGUGUUCACUCUGUGACAAGAGAUUCAGUCAGUCAGGAAACCUGAAAACACAUGAGAAGAUCCACAUUGGAGAAAAACCUUACAAGUGUUCACACUGUGACAAGAGAUUCAGUCAGGCAGGAAACCUGAAGACACAUGAGAGGAUCCACACUGGAGAGAAGCCGUAUCACUGCAUUCCAUGUGGCAAGAGUUUCACUCAUUCAAAUUCUCUACUCAGGCAUUCAAAAAACAAAUGUCUGAAAUCAUGAUAUCAUGUUCGAAUUCAUCUUCAGAUACAGCCUUUUUCUAAUGCAAUACUGCAUCCUCACCAAACAUGUUGAGCAAUAAAAGCUAGCUCUUCCAUAUAAAUCAGGACAAAGAAACAUCAUCCAACAAGUUUUUUACUGCAAACCGGUGGUUUCAAGUCCAAAAUAACAAUAUCUAAUAAGAUUUUAACGUAUCAUUAUGCUUUAUAAUUACUUUUGUAUUAUAUUACAAAAAAUAUGUUGUAUUAUGAAGGAAAGUAGAAGUUUUUUUUUUACAUGUACAACAUGUUCUUGUACUUGUAUGUUUAGCAGGAAGCUGAAGAAGAGUCUUUAACAUAUACACAUACUUUUUCUUCAUUGUUGUGCUUAGAACAUCUAAUUGCUCUACUACUUAUAACAUAUUUACCCAAUACAGAUGUAAGAUACUAUCAUGUAGCU